CUCACUGUAGAAACUGCAGGCUUGAAGAUCAAGUGGAAAGUUUUUCACCAGCGCUAAGAUCUCAAGAGUGGUAUCGGUGAAACAGCCACUUGGAUUCAAAUUCUUUCGGAAUCUGCUCUGCUAGUAGUGUGUUCACGCGAGAUUUCAUUAUGGGAAGUGGCUUCUAUUACCAUGUGGUGGCCAUUGUGCUGUUGGUCAUGAGUUUGAAGAGGACAAGAUCAACGCAGGACUCCUGUCAUAACUGCCCAGCUGGUACUUUCUGUGGGAAAAACAAGGAUCCGAUUUGCGUUCCCUGCCCUACAAAUAGUUUCUCCAGCACAAGUGGACAAAAGGCCUGUGACAUAUGCAGGCAGUGUGCAGGUGUUUUCAGGACUAAGAAGGUGUGUUCCCCGACCAGCAAUGCCGAGUGCGAGUGUGUCUCAGGGUUCCACUGCCUGGGGGCGGGAUGCACCAUGUGUGAAGAGGACUGCAAGCAAGGUCAAGAGUUAACCAAAGAGGGUUGUAAAGACUGUGACUUUGGGACAUUUAAGGACCAGAAACACAGCGUCUGUCGACCUUGGACAGACUGUUCUUUGGAUGGAAAGUCUGUACUUGUGAAUGGAACAAAGGAAACUGACGUGGUAUGUGGACCAACUUCGACCGACUUCUCUCCAGGGACAUCCUCUGUCACCACGCCUAUCCCUGCGACAGAGCCAGGUCACACCCCCCAGGUCCUGGUCUUCUUUCUUGCACUGACAUCCACAACAACGCUGUUCCUGAUGUUCUUCCUGGCGCUUCAUUUCUCUGUGGUCCAGCAAGGCAGAAAGAAACUCCUGUAUAUAUUCAAGCAACCAUUUAUGAAGCCAGUACGAACUGCCCAAGAGGAAGAUGCCUGUAGUUGCCGAUUUCCUGAAGAAGAAGAAGGAGAAUGUGAACUCUGACCUGAAAUCCAAAAAGCUGUGGGGACGCUCUUGAGAAGAAUCAAAGGACAAAUACACAUGACCCUGUUUUCAUCUUUCUACACUGAAAACCACCAUCCUAGAUAACACCCAGUGUUAACCCCCGCAAGCUUCUUCUAAAUGCUGAUGAGUUGGCCUUUUAAAUUGUACCACUUUUGACAGGACAGAAGAUGGGACAGAGUUGGCUGGUGGAAAAAGGGCAUUUUCUAGAUACUGCUUGACAGGUUUGGGCUAGAUUUUUUGAAAUCCAAAGAGAACUGUAUUUUAAAUUUAAUCACGUAGACCAAUGGUCCAGCUAAAGUUAUAAUCAAAAUCAGUUCAAGAUUGUGUGUGUGUGUGUGUGUGUGUG